AUGACGCUGUCUCUCGCUGCCCCUCCCCUGCCUGCGUUCUACGCAUCUAUCGAUGAUGCUCUCAAAGCCUUAAACAGCUUUGCGGCCGCGGAAGGCUAUGCCAUCGAGAGGCUUGCACAGGAGAGGCUCGCACAGGAAAGGCUCGCACAGGAAAGGCUCGCACAGGAAGAACAAAAGAGGCUCGCACGGGAAGAACAGGAGAGGCUCGUACGGGAAGAACAUGAGAGGCUCGCACAGGAAGAACAAGAGAGGCUCGUACGGGAAGAACAUGAGAGACUCGCACAGGAAGAACAGGAGAGGCUUGCACGAGAAGAACAGGAGAGGCUUGCACAGGAGAGGCUUGUACAGGAGAGGCUUGUACAGGAGAGGCUUGUACAGGAGAGGCUUGCACAGGAGAGACUUGCACAGGAGAGGCUCGCACAGGAAGAACAAGAGAGGCUCGCACGGGAAGAACAGGAGAGGCUUGCACGAGAAGAACAAGAGAGGCUUACACAGGAGAGACUUACACGGAAAGAACAGGAGAGACUCGCACAGGAGAGGCUCGCACAGGAGAGGCUCGCACAGGAGAGGCUCGCACAAGAGAGGCUCGCACAAGAGAGGCUCGCACGGGAAGAACAAGAGAGGCUCGCACAAGAGAAGCUCGCACGGGAAGAACAAGAGAGGCUCGCACAAGAGAAGCUCGCACGGGAAGAACAAGAGAGGCUCGCACAAGAGAAGCUCGCACGGGAAGAACAAGAGAGGCUCGCACAAGAGAAGCUCGCACGGGAAGAACAAGAGAGGCUCGCACAAGAGAAGCUCGCACGGGAAGAACAAGAGAGGCUCGCACAAGAGAAGCUCGCACGGGAAGAACAAGAGAGGCUCGCACAAGAGAAGCUCGCACGGGAAGAACAAGAGAGGCUCGCACAAGAGAAGCUCGCACGGGAAGAACAAGAGAGGCUCGCACAAGAGAAGCUCGCACGGGAAGAACAAGAGAGGCUCGCACAAGAGAAGCUCGCACGGGAAGAACAAGAGAGGCUCGCACAAGAGAAGCUCGCACGGGAAGAACAAGAGAGGCUCGCACAAGAGAAGCUCGCACGGGAAGAACAAGAGAGGCUCGCACGGGAAGAACAGGAGAGGCUCGCACGAGAAGAACAGGAGAGGCUCGCACGAGAAGAACAGGAGAGGCUCACACGGGAAGAACAGGAGAGGCUCGCACGAGAAGAACAGGAGAGGCUCACACGGGAAGAACAGGAGAGGCUCACACGGGAAGAACAGGAGAGGCUCGCACGAGAAGAACAAGAGAGGCUCGCACAAGAGAAGCUCGCACAGGAAGAACAAGAGAGGCUCGCAGAACAAGAGAGGCUCAAGCGAGAAAGGCUCGCACGCGAAGAACAAGAAAGGCCUGCAAGGGAAGAACAGAAGAGACGCGCAAUGGAAGGAGAGAAAGCAAGCAAAUCAAAACGUAGGCCGAUAGGAAUAGGUAAGCGGCAUAAGGACCGAAAGCGAGUUACCCAAAUCAACUUCAACAAACUCGCGGAAUCAGUGACACAGAGAACGAUCGAAAGUCACGACUCAACUGCUAUGCCCUACGUUGAACGUCACACAGAGCAAGUUCAAGGUGUAACCACCUUGACUUUUGCUUCAAACCCAAAAACAAUGACGCCGCAAAAGAUCGAAAUACACUUCGUAGAUAAAGGGCGAGGAAAUACAAGAUCAAUAGGAAGCCUUUAG